AUGCUCUCGUUCCGAACCACAGGCUACAACGGCUACGGCGUGCGGUACUCGCCAUUUUUCGACAACAAGUUGGCGGUGGCGACCGCAGCCAACUACGGGCUCGUUGGAAACGGCCGGCUCUACGUGCUAGCCAUCGACAACGCGGGCCAGAUCCACCAGGAGGCGGCGUUCGACACGCAGGACGGCCUUUUCGACGUGGCCUGGAGCGAGACCCACGAAAACCAGGUGGCCGUGGCGGCCGGCGACGGCCUGGUCAAGCUCUUCGACCUCGGCGCCGGCCGUUUCCCCGUGCGCAACUACAAGGAGCACACGCGCGAGGUGUUUUCCGUCAGCUGGGGCGGCGUCGACAAGGGCAAGUUUGUCACGCUGUCGUGGGACGGCACCAUCAAGGUGUGGACGCCCACGCGGCAGGAGUCGUUGCUUACGUUGAGCGCCAGCGAAGACGCCAGCACCAAAGUGGCUCCGCCCUUGGCGGCGGGCGCGAAGCCGGGCGUCGACACCGCCAACUGCGUGUACGCCGCGCACUUCUCGCCGCACUCGCCGCAAACCAUUCUCAGCUGCUCGGGGUCGUCGCGCUUGCAGACGUGGGACUUGCGCCAGCCGCGCCCGCUUGUGCUAGACUUUGUCGCCCACGGCGGCCUCGAGUGCUUGCUGUGCGACUGGAACCGCUACCGCCCGUCGGUGGUGGCGUCCGCCGGAACAGACAAGGCGGUGCGCGUGUGGGACUUGCGCAUGGUGGCGCAGAUCGACCUGCCCAGCCUGGCACAGCCCAUGCCCGCCUACCACACACGCGGGCCCACGCCGCUCAACGAGCUUCUAGGCCACGAGUUUGCCGUGCGCCGCGUCAGCUGGUCGCCGCACAGCGCCCAAGAACUCAUGUCGGUGGCGUACGAUAUGACGGCGCGCGUGUGGGUGGACCGUGCGGACGAGCGCGCGCGGUUUUUGGGCGCGGGCGCCAGCGGCUGCCGCGGCGUCAUGCGGGCGCACCGCGAGUUUGUGGUGGGCUGCGACUACAGUCUUUGGGGCGAGCCGGGCUGGGCGGCGACCGCGGGCUGGGACGAGAUGGUCUACGUGUGGGACACGAAGCGUGUGUAA